UUUGGUAAAAAAAUACGCUCGCGGAACACAGUUUGGGAAACGCUGCUCCAGAAAAAAAAAACAAUCGUUUUGCGCUGAGUACUUGAGUGGUUCCUGCGCGUGCUGUAGCGAUGGCGAUGGCAUCUGAAGGUCGUUUGAGGGUCUCUGCGAACCCAAGCAACUACUCUCUUGAUCAUUUAUAUCCACGAAUAAAACAACCUAUAACAAGUGCUCCACCGUCGAUGAGAAGAAAUUAUCAUUUGAAUCAUCCUGAUCUUUCAAAAGGCCAGAAAAAAUAUCUAUGGAGCAUUUGUUCAGCAUACAGUACUGCACAGAUGAAACGUCUUGUUCAAGACCAAUAUUUGAAACAAUGCUGGUAUGAAGCCGAGAAAGGUAUUUUACGAGUGGAUGAUUUGUACAAAUACCUGCGUUACAUAGCUGAUCCAACAAAGCGGAAAAGACAAUUUCAAGAAAACCCAAAAAUGUGGCGUGCGAGGAGUGAUCAGUAUAACUUCAGAUAUCAUCGAGAGCAUGUUAUCAACCAACCGUUACCUGCUUUACCUAUAUAUGUGGAAAAUGAGAUUAAAGCACUCACAAGGACAAUUAGUAUUCCUGUUCAAAGAAGAUACGUAACCAAAAAUAGAAGAGAAAAAGUAAAACCAAAACCAGAAACAUUUCCACAGAGUAACAGGGAGAAACAUGCACGAUUCGUACUUCCACCUGACAACCCAAAAAAAAAAUGGAAUUGAACCAAUCUUGUAGAAUUGAAAUUGCCUUUUUAUUUACAUGUUUGCAUAUAUCAUGUCUUUCACUGUGUAGCUGUUUUACCUAUUGAAAUAUUUUCAAAUUGCUUUUGAUGUUACCUUAUAAAUAUAUGUCAUUUUUCUUAUA